AUGCCUCAAUUCUUGUCCGGUGUCACUUUGAAGAAUCGCGAGGGGACCGAGCUGAAGGCUGAGGAGCAUUUGAAGGGGAAGGUAAUCGGUCUGUACUUCUCCGCGAGCUGGUGUCCACCAUGCCGUUUGUUCACCCCGAAACUCAAGGAGUUCUUCGAGGAGAUUAGGAAGAGCCAUCCGGAAUUCGAGGUCAUUUUUGUGUCCCGCGACCGUAACUCGUCGGAUCUAGUCGGUUAUUUCGAGGAUCAUCAGGGAGAGUGGACUUAUAUCCCGUUCGGAAGCGAUAAGAUUAUCGAGCUCAUGCAGAAAUACGAAGUGAAGACCAUCCCAGCGAUGCGUAUUGUCAAUGACAAAGGAGAAGUGAUCGUUCAGGACGCGAGAACCGAAAUUCAGAAUAAGGGAGAGAAGGCGGAAGCGUUGUGGGCUGAGUGGAUGGCAUUGUUCAAGUGA